AUGGAAACCAAGUAGUUAAGGAGUCAGUGGUAAGCAGGCGUGUCCCUUGGCAACCACUGUCUAGCUUCAGUCUUGACUCAAACACACAGAUGUACACAAAGUCUGUGUGACUCCAAAUGCCAAGAUUUCAGCAUGACAGUUCUACGGUUGAUCAGAUGACAAGACUCAAACUCAAACUUCUGGAGAAGAGACUGGAAAACAAAAAGCACAAUAUGGAUGACAGAGCAGAAUCUGCCCAGUCUGCAAGGAGUUAUGAUGGGCAGUUUGAUCGACUUCAACGUGCACUGAGGCGAAAGCAGGACCUAUUGCAAAGACUCAGGGAGCAGCACAUGCUGGAGGACCUCAACAGACCUCACACCUGGGGAGGGUCACAAAGACAAUACAAGGCACAUUUCUUCCCAGCCCCUCAGCCGCCUCCCCCACUCCCACUCUACCAUCCGGCUCCUGCUCUGCUCUCCCUGCCCCCUCCACCACCCGCCCCGCCUCAGCCUCCACGCAUCAUCCAACAGACUCUACCCCAGCAGCCUGCCACCAUCAUACAACAGCUGCCACCACAGCAGCCUCUGAUCACUCAGAUUCCCCCACCUCAGCCCUACCCUGCACCACGCUCAGGCAGCAUUAAAGAAGACAUGGUGGAACUGAUGCUGAUGCAAAAUGCCCAGAUGCACCAGAUUAUAAUGCACAAUAUGAUGCUUAAAGCCAUGCCUCCUAUGGCUUUAUCGCCACCUGGAGGGCCCAGUCACUGUGCCCAUCCAACUACAUAUCUUGGGCAGGACAGUUACCAUGGCAACCCCAUGAUCGUAAGGCCAGAUGUCAAACCAAGGGGAAGCGCUGUCCAUCAUCAUCAUCACUAUAGUCCCAACCCUGUAGCACCACAGCUGCCUCCCAUCAGCCACCCUAUGUGGCUACCAGGAGUGUCAACUGUCCCAGCAGGACAAGCAGGGGGACAUCUACCCUCCGUACACCAUGUAACAGCCCCUUUUACACUCCCACCACUCAAUGUUUAAGGUUUAGAAACAGCAUGUGUACUUUAUGUGAUAAUAUACACACAUAGAGAAUUAUUUUAUACAUUUUUACAAUCAGACACAUUUGUGUGUGCAUUUAGGACGAGGGUUUCGGGGCUUAAAGUUCCCUGUUGUGGCUGCAUGGCACUCACAACACUGGAAGUGGAGGUGAAGUCAAAACAGCUAAAAACUAAAAACUUUACAUAGAAGCAUUUAUUUCAAAUGCACUAAUGGAAUUGCAUCUAAUGGAGAAGUUGCUCAUCCUUGAAAGUUUCUAAAGUAUAUUAUAUGUGAAUGGCAGAGAAGCAAAAACAAAGUUCAGUGCUGCACAUAAAACUAACUUAUUUGAGCAGACUUUGAAAUAGCUGUUAGGCUAACUAGAGUUAAUGUUAGUUACUAGUAGCUAUGCCGUAAAUAAUUUUUGCAAUAUAUGAACAUAUAUAGUCACAUUUAUGCGCUAGUUAAGAGAUAUUUUAGGGAUGUUUAACUUGAAUAAUUGCCAAACGCCCACAGCCAAGACAUGCAACAAAAUAACCUGACAAAAAGCAUUUAAUUAAGAUAACUUCAGGUUAACAUGAACGCUAACGUUAGUCCAACUGUCUUAGCUAUUGUUAACUGCUAAUAUCAAUUACUGUUAAUUAGGUCACAUGUAACGUUAUGACGGAAAACGUGGUUGUUCAAGUGCAGUUGAAGGACGAUAUGAAAACAAAAAUAGUCUCCGGACGCUCGGAUGAAAUGUGACCAUUCCUCCAUUAGAGGAGUUUGAGAUUGGACCAUAAACUAUCGACGUACUGGGCGAAGGGGAAAAAAAAAAUCGACGCCCGAACAGGGACUUGAACCCUGGACCCUCAGAUUAAAAGUCUGAUGCUCUACCGACUGAGCUAUCCGGGCCCUUGCAGGUGCGUCAUACAGGCAGAAUAAAAACAAAAUAUAGUUGAAAACACUGUAAUAAAAGCUGAUCUAUUUCUGUAACGUAGCUGCGCUCUGUGUGCAGAUAAUGUUAAGUUAUCUACCCAAAGUAGGAAGCUAGCUAUAAGCUAACUUCUGCUAAUGAUAGCUAACCGCUGGGACUGAACGCACGUUUUUAACCGGAAGCUUAAAGCGACUAAUGUUAACACAACAGGCAUAUUCAGUCAGUACCUGUACCAUUGACUGUAUAUAGGUCUGUACCUGUACCUCUCAUUUUGUCGUGCAAGGUGCCUUUUCAGUCUACGCCACAAAAAUCAUUGCCUUAAUUGUCUUUAAUGGAUGAAUUUACAGCUGUACAAAAUGGUAUUUUACAGGAUCUAUAAAACAAACAACGACCGUCCCGUCCCCCAUCCCAACACAAUCACUUUUAGUCUAACGUUACCGCACUGAAUCACUGCAUCCUUGAGCAUGAUAAUAAUAAUCAGCAUAGGUUAGCAGUGCGACAGUGAUUCUUUAUCCCGACCCACGUUUACAAACACAACCUUGAUUCACAGCUGUCAAUCAUCAUGGCACGUCCCUUUUGAUAAAUAAAAUAAUUACAAAAUAUAUAUAUAUGAAAACAUACACAUACAAACAAGUGAUACCCUCUGCGUUAACUAAUUAUUAAAGUGCAUUAUUCUUUUAAAGAACUGAGGCUUAAUGACAGGGAACAGGAAAAGGUCAUGCUGUGAUUAAGCAGAAGUGGAGGAUGGUAAUGUACAAUAUUCUUAUUGUGGGAUGAGUUACAACUCUUUAGAAGAAUGUGUGGAUGAUGGUCAUGCACUUGUGCUUGAGGGCUUUUUGUAUGGCACAGGAGUCAAUACUACAUGCUUAAAACAUCCUUGUUUGUUUGUUGCACCCUUUUGCAAGUCUGUUGAAAAAAAUUAUGAUAAUAAAAACCUGGGUUAAAUCUCUGGUUACCACUUCAAACAUGUUGGCCUUAUAAUUGUGUAAAUUUGAUUAACUUAAUGUUUUGAAUGAUUUCUGUGAAAUAAUGUGAUAAAAUUUAUUUACACAGUACAUGUGUGCGUGCAGAAUACCGGGCUAUGCUGUACAAAUAUUUUCUAAACAACUAUCUGUGCCAUCUGUGCAAACAGAUUCCCAGACCCUGUGAAAUAACUUUCUAAUGCAAUAAAUGCAAAAAUAAUUAAAAAACAAAA